AUGGCAGACCCUGAGGGUGGAUGCCUUGUGGCCCGUGCCGUCCCGUGCGCGCUUCCAAAAACUCAAGUCAACGAUGAGGAUAUUACGAGCAAAUUGGAGAAACUUUCGGUGAAUGAUAUUCCCGAAGAGGAGAAAAAGAAACAACACCGCAAAGAGAUCAACAACAUCUCGCCAGCCGACUAUGUCACUUUACAGAGCAUUCGUUCAUCAGCUCUUGCCAAGAAGACGAACACUACAUCGAAAUUCGGACGUGGAGGAGCAGCUCUUUACGCUGAUUUGUUGAACAAAAGUGAAGAGAAAAAAGAGGGAAAAGAAGAAGAUGAAAAGAAUAAAAAGAUACCGGUGGAGAAAGCGGAAGAUGUGGAGAAAUUGAAGAAUAAAGAGAACGAUGAGAAGAAGGAUGAUGAUAAAGAAGAAAGCGAUGGAGAAUUGUUGCCACGUGGUCCGGUUCGAAGUGCACACGUUCCAUAUGCUCAUCAUCCCUACAUGUACGGGAGCAUUCCGUAUGGAACGGCCGCUCAGAGCACGGUCGAGGACUACUCUGCCUAUUCAGCCUAUGGAAGUGGUUACGAGUGUGGAUCGAGUUGGCAAGAUUCCCCGGAAUCGAUGGGAUACAUCAGCAACUCAACUACCCCGGACACUGUUCUCUCGCAAGAUAUGGGCUACUCAUCAUCGCCACCACGUCAAACCCCGUUCACCGACCAUUCGAUGAGCCCAGCGGAUUUGAAUCGAUUGCUGAACUCGAGUGAACUGCCCGACGCGCUCUCGGAUUUCAUUCUCAAAUACUCUCGCCGAUACACAGCCACCGAGAAGAAAGACAAAGACGAGUUGGCUCUCACGCGUCCCGAUUCGACCGAUUCGGGUUGCGAUUCGCCACUCUCCGCCGGCUCAGCCCCACACAAUAGCCCAUGUGCUCCACGCGGCGGAGUAUCCGGCCCACUCACUCCACCAUUCAAUCAACGAGGAUCUCCACGGAAAGAGGGACAUCGAGCUGCGAAGGAGAAACUCCGUUCAUUGAUCACUGACACUGAUAUGGAUGCGGCUUGGGCGUGGACUUGCAAGUGUAUGCAGUAUGCCCCUGGAGCUCUCUCGUAUCAAGACAACGAUCGUGACACUCUCCUCCACAUUGUCACCAUUCACACUGAUCUCGCAAAGAUUUAUGCCUUAGUUGAGCAACAGUUGAAGACGAAUUAUCCGAGGGACGCGAAACCGUUCGAUCUUCCAAAUCGCUUCCACGAGACUCCGCUGUUCUUGGCGGUUGAGAAGAGGAGAGCUGAGGUUGUUGCCUAUUUGCUUGAAGCUGGAGCCAACCCGAACGCUCAGACACUCCGUCCCGAGCGUGAAUGCGCUAUUCACUAUGCUGCCUCGAGAGGAAUGAACGAGAUUGUUAAGACUCUUUGCUCCAAUACAGUAACCGAUGUGAACAAAAUGAACGGAAUGGGAAGCACGGCAUUGCUUUGCGCAAUCAGAAAUCAUGGAGUGUUGGACGAAGAAAGUCGCUCGAUAAUCGAUAACAAGGAAACGAUUCGAGAGCUCCUUCGAUCUGACGCCGAUGCAUUCGUUGCCGAUGCAACCAAUGGAAAAACUGUCAUUCAUUAUGCGGUUGAAAGGAUGAAUGCUGAAUUGAUUGAGAUCUUCAAAGAAUUCCUCUCGGAAGAGAAAAUGACCGAGCUGGUGAAUGUGGCCGAUUUGUGUGGAGAGACACCGAUGCAACUCCUUCAACAACAAAGAGCCGAGAAUCCACAGGCUCAGCAACUCCGCUCGAAUCUCUUCCUGACACUCACCAUUUGUGGCGCCGAAAUCAAAAGGGAU